AAACAUCGUUAGUUUCCGGAUAGCAAAAUGUAUUUUCUUUAUUUGACUAAAGUUUGGCUUAUCAUAGUUUACAUUUGAGUCAAAACAUUGCAUUAUUGCUUAAUUGUGUCAAAGGAACUCUACAACUUGGAUAAAAAAAGCAGGGCAUUGAUUGAAUAUGGUAAAGAAGUUAGGAGUCACGGAAAUUACCGAAACGGAAAAAUCCAAGAUGGCAGCGCCCACAAAAUUUGAAAACUUUUUGAAAAUUCUCCAAAAUGAGGCAUUAUUGCUCGACUGGAUGGCCUGGGUCAUGAUUGCUACAAGUUUUAUCGUCAUAAUUUUACUGUUGUUUGUUUCGGCGCCAUAUGGAAGAUAUACAGCUACUGGAAACAAAUAUUUGACUCUUCUCAAGGUUCCAGUCAAAGUAGCUUGGUUUUUACAAGAGCUUCCAUCCUUUACUGUGCCAUUAGGACUAGUUAUAUUUACUGAAUCAACUCAGUUUAAGAAUUUAUCCAACAAAAUUCUCAUCACGAUGUUCUUAUUGCAUUAUUCUCAACGAGCCUUGCUGUUCCCUUUCCUUAUCCGUGGCGGUAAGCCAACACCAUUCUUGCCAUUUUUCUUAGCGUUUGUCUUCUGUGCGUACAAUGGUUACAUGCAGGGUAGGAUGUUGACGCAGUUCCAAGUCUACUCAGAUACAUACUUUACAGAUCUCAAUGUGUGCAUUGGUGUAGCAAUGUUUAUUAUGGGGAUGUCAAUCAAUCUGCAUUCCGACCAUGUCUUGAGAAAUCUGAGAGCACCAGGAGAGACAGGAUAUAAAAUUCCAAGAGGUGGAAUGUUUGAAUAUGUCUCGGGAGCUAACUUUUUCGGAGAAAUCUUGGAAUGGUCUGGAUUUGCACUUGCAUGUCUCAAUCUCCAGGCUGCAGCAUUUGCUCUAUUCACCUUCUGUAACUUGGUACCUAGAGCAUACUCCCACCACCAAUGGUACCUACAAAAGUUUGAGGAUUAUCCAAAGCAAAGGAAAGCAGUGAUCCCAUACAUUUUAUAGAUAUCUCUGGAUACUCAUACCAUCUAAAGAUGUUGCUGGAUAGCAUGCCAUGACAAUCUGUGUUUCAAAAAUAGUUAAUAUAUGUAUGGAAAAGAGAAGAAAAAGCAAUGACUAAAACAAUUGAUUAGGCUAGUGAACCUUUGGAAAGAAAGACUUACUUAAAGAUUGAAUAACUAUUAGCAUUUGUUAUAAAUAUUGAUGCUUAUGGCGAUUUUUAAAUAAAUUUUCCAACUAAUCUGAAUCAAAAACUUUGUACUUUAAACGUGCAGAUGCUAUACUUAGAACAAGUACAGGGUGUGCAAUUCCUUGCUUGAUGCUAAACAUUUGUGCAAUGAUUACAAGUUUUAUUUUGUGUUCUAAAUGUACAAAGAAGCUAUUUGUUAAGAUUUUGGAAAAUUGUUAAACUUUCCAAAACCAGAAGUCAAAUUAUGGAGAAAUACAUGUAUGGUAAUAAUGGGCAAUUUCUAUCUGGUUAAAGGACCACGAGUUGUUUGUAGAAUGAAUCUCUGGAGCUUUUUCAUGCAUUUCGCUUGUGUUUUUCAUCUAAAAACAUCAAUACACUUUAAGACAUUUUAUUGACUAUAAGAUUACACCAUAACAUCCUAAAAAAUACUU